CUCAGGUGUCCGGCUGCUCGCCGCACACGGCCGGGCAUCAUGUUCCUCUUCCAGCUCCUCAACUUUUUCUUCAGCGCCUCCAAAAAGGAGGACAUCUCCAAGUAUGACCUCUCCCUCUACAAGCGCGGCGACCUCCUGGAGGUCCCCCGCACCUUGUUCACCCACUUCGGCAUCUACCUGGGCGACAACCGCGUGGCCCACCUCAUCCCCGACAUCCUGCCCGUCAUCUCCGGGAACAAGUCGGCCAUCGCCAAGAUGGUCACCAACAACCGCCUGCUGCUGGGGGUCAUCGCCAAGGCGGCCAGCGUGAGGGUGGACUCGGUGGUGGACUUUGCGUACGGCUCGGAGAUCCUGGUCAACCACAUGGACAGGGUGUGCAGCCAGCCUCCCCUGGACGGGGACGAGGUGGCCAAAAGGGCGGAGAAGCUGCUGGGCUCGGUCACGUACAGCCUGCUGUGGUACAACUGUGAACACUACGUCAUGUACUGCAGAUAUGGCAUGGCCAUCAGCUACCAGACGUACCAGUUCUGCACAACAGUUCGCAAGAUCGUGUGCAGCCGGAUGAGCUCGUACUUGACGGCCUUGUGCGGCGCGGCGGCCUUGCUGUAUUUGGGCUGCGUGACGCCGCUGACGGUUUUGGCCACUCUGCUGGUGUCCUUCACCAUCUGGAUGGCAGCCUAGGGGCCCCCACCCCCCUGGAAGAAAAACUCUGCUUCAACUGAAGAUGCUUGCACUGUUACAAGGAACAUCUAUGUAAAGGGUUCAGCUCGAUGGCUAGCGCUCACAAUUCUCAUCCGGGCCAUGGCACCACGUCGCUCCUGCGCACACCCGGGUAUCGAAUCAGGGUGCACCGAGUGAGAGUGAAGAGCGCUAGCCACCGAGCGAAAAGCCUGAGCUGUAAACUCAAUGUCCAGCGUGAUUCUUAGGGCGUCACGGAGUGAGGUUCCCCAAUGUACUCCUGCACCUCCACAUACAGAUGUCCCUCGCUGUAUUGCGGUUCAAAUAUCGCUCCCUCACUCUAUAACUGUGAAACAAACAAUAAACAAGGAAUAAUAGGAGUGUAGAAAUGACUCUUGGGCUUUAAUUAUGUAAAAACCCAUAUUUAGAAAAUCAUCAACGGGGUUUUCUAUGCUGAAACUACGGAAAUAUUCCAUUUAUUAACAUUGAAUCCUCCUCCGCAGGAAUUCACUUGUCACAGUCGGGUCUGGAACCAAUUAACUGCGAAUAACGUGGGACGACUGUACUGGCUGGGACCCGUUACGUAUUAUACAAACAGUCAAUCCUCGAUACAUCGCACCCUCGCUCGACUGCGUUUUUUACAAAAUGAUCGCUGUUUCGUUGUUGAUUACGGCCUGUAAUUAGAAAACAAAUAUGCAUAUUUCAGCCAAUUGUACUUAUUCUUGGACCAAAUGAAGCAUGUUCAAGCAUACAAAUGACGAACUGAAUGAACCUCCGUCACUUCCUGUCCGCCCACCAGUAAGGUCCCCCAGGGGAACACAUUUACUGCGACACACACAAGCAGGAUUUUUAUUUACAGCUUAAAUGGUUUAUUUACUCUCAUAAUGUCUACUCUAUUGGGCAAUACGAGUGUGAAGCCAUUUAAAGCCGACAUUACAAUAUAUUGAUGCAGGAAGUGUGCUGUCCAAGGAACUGCUAAAGUGUGAUUCUAUUUUAUCAUAUGUCUUAUUUUCUCUGAUUAUAUCUACUAUACAGGGUAAUACAAAUGUAAAGGUAACUAAAUGGGUGUUAUUUCAUGUUUAAUAAGGGCUCUGAUAAUGUUAAAAAACGUAUUUAGAAGAUCGUGAACAGAUUUUCUAGGCUGUAACUACGAAAAUAUUCCAUUUAUUAAUAGUGAAUCCUACUUGGUGGCCGGAUUAACCGCGAUCACUGAGGAACGACUGCACAGUAUAUCGAUAUUCGCCUUCCAUAGGACAUUUGUGUAGCACUUGAAGUUUUCCCUUUUGGUAGCUCUCAUUUUGUUUGUCAACCAUCAUGAAUAUCACCAACCCCUUCUACUCUACAUUCCUCUUAAUGACCAGCCCCCUUAAGGGACACAUUUUGCCCCCCCAAAAAGAAUUUCUAAGGCUUUUGGCCAGUUACACACAUAUAAUCUCUAUUUAUUUCCCUAAAAAUGGCCUUUUUUGUGGCAAAGGCACCUUUUUUGUACCUUCGUCUUCCAAAAUAAACAUUUUUUGACAUUUUGUUUGUGACGGGAGAGGCUGUAUAUGAGAAUAGAGGAUUUGUGAGAAGGUGUAUGAUGAUGCCACACGGAAGGGUUUUGGGUGCUUCUAAAGAGUAUUUCUACUUCUACAGCAUCUCUCUUGAUUUGCUUUGAAUAAAAGCUUUGAAAUGUUUUGCCUUUUAUUUAUGCAGCCUGUUUCAAAAUGAGCGUUUCUGUGUCAUUUGUAAUCGCUGCUCAAACCGCUUUACGCCUCACUGAAUUGAGUAGAUGACGACACUCAACUGAAACAAUACACACUAGUGUGACAAAGUGUUCCUUCCUGAUCCUUUUUUUUUGCAUGUUUGCCACACUUAAUGUUUCAGAUCACCAAACAAAUGUAAAUGUUAGUCAAUGACAACACAACUCAACACAAAAUGCAGUUUUUAAAUGACACUUUUUAUUAUUAAGGGAAAAAAAAAAUCCAAGCCUACAUGUCCCUGUGUGAAAAAGUGAUGGCCCCCUAAAGCUAAUAAGUGGUUGGCCCCCCUUAGCAGCAACAACUGCAAUCAAGCGUUUGUGAUAACUUGCAAUGAGUCUCUUCCAGCGCUGGGGAGGAAUUUUGGCCCACUCAUCUUUGCAGAAUUGUUGUCAUUCAGCCACAUUGGAGGCUUCUCCAAAUGAACUAAUGUCAUUUUAGUAGCAUAGAGAUGAAAUAUCAAAGAAAAAUUAUGUUCUUUCUAAAAAGUUGUAAUAUUAACAGAAACUAUCAAAACAAAACAAAACAAUAUUGGGUUUUUUUUUUUUAAUUAGGUUGGGAAAAAAGUUACAAUAUUAUGGGAAUAAAGUCAAAAUAUUAUGAGAAUAAAAUUGACAAAGAUUACUUAAGAAGAAAGUUGAAAUAUUAGGAAAAUUUAAAAAAAAGAACAAAGACCGAAGUCCAUGCUAACAAUACGCCUUUUCACAUACAGUCGUCCCUCGCUAAAUCGCCAAGCGAACGUUGUUUUUUCUUUUUCCUUGAAAUAGUAUAACUUCUUAGCACACAAAAUAUCAAAGUGGCAAAGUUGCAUCCUUUUACUCUUCACUAUGUGGCCCUUGCUGGAAAAAGUUUGGACACCCCCGAUUUACAGUAUACACAUGAGUUUUGCUUAAAAACGUUCAUUUGAUCCAUCCGUCUUCUAUGCUGCUUAUCCUGACCUGCAGGUAUGCUGGAGCCCAUCCCAGCUGACUUUGGGCGAGAGGCGGGGUACACCCCGGACUGGUCGCCAGUCAAUCACAGGGCAGUUUUCGUUUUCCUGUAACAAUAACACCAUCUGGUGGCUCCAGCUGGCAUCAAUGCACUUCAGUGGACACUCUAUAGUCCACAGCUUCAAGCCGGACAGUUCUCAACCUACCCGCCGACCCUGGAACGGAUGAAUUCAUUUCCCGCCACUCCCUGUGCCGGCCGCCUUUGUAAAUCAAGCUGAUGACGGCAGUCAGGAGCCGCGGCCGCCAUGCCGCGCGAUUAAAAAGGGACACGGCGAUCAAGAGGCCUCCGAUCAAUGCCGCCUUGAACCUGACUAACAGGAGUGCACAGCUGUUAAAUGGCAGCGCCACACCUGCAGAGAAGCACGUAGUAUUGAUUU